AUGGAUUUUCUGUUGGAUCAGGCUGUUCUCUGGACUCCCCAGGCCUUAGUCACCAGUCAAAGUCAUCAUGAAUUGCAGUUCGUAGUUGACGGAGAAGGGCAUCUAUCCAGUUUGAAACAGAGCACUCCUUCCCUGAGCAGGAUAACCUUCGUGCACGGGUCGCUGGCCUUCCGAGCAGGGGCUACUGUGGAGUUCUUGCUGCAGAUCGCAUGGCUUUGGGCUGCUGCAGGCCUCCGCUGCGAAGAAGGUACCCGAGUACCUCGCUGGCGGCGCUGGAGCUACUUUCUCCUGACGGCUCUCUGGAUGCUCACCUGGUGGGGGCCAACCGAUGAGCUCACGCUUCCUCGCGCCUCCGACCAUGCCAUCGUUUUUGCAGGCUACUCCUCGCGCCUCAUUCUUUUCUUUUAUUGCAUUACGCGAGCAUGCAGGAAGUGCACUCGCCAUUGUCAUUGCUUUUGCGGCUGCUGCGCACUCUGUCGAGAUGAUUGGAGAUGCUUGGAGAACCUGCCUUGCACACCAGGUCGAGCGCGUCUGCGGUACCUCCUCUACUACCUCUUGACCAGACCGCCCUUUCUGAUCAUCAUGAACCUUCCGAUAGGAUAUCCUCUGGCCUUCCUGGCCUCCUUCGCCCUGGUUCUGCGCUGCGGCCUCGUGCUGCUCGUCGCCAUCGCCCUUCGCCCGGCCCCUGCAGCGAAGGAACAUGAUGUUGAAAUCGAGACGCGUGGCAAGUUUGACAUCCUCCUGGCUCUCCGGCUUUGCGACUUCUCCAUGGAGACCUAUCUUGGUUGUCCGUUUCCGGCGGUGGUCUACGUGACCGCUUGCGGUCAUGCCCGAUUGAAUGGCGAAUACCGCCAGGAAGGGCGUGACAAAGAUGAUCAUCCAGAAUAUGUCCAGACCUCCGGUGAGGCUCGCCUGCAGUUCUGCGAUGGCACUUGGGAGGUUACUUGGACCCCCCGGAAUGCCUCAGAUCCGGAUUUGAAGCUGCGUGCAUAUGCAGAAGAUGCGGCACGGUCGCCGGACCAGGUGGCGAGCCUGUGGUUCGAAGUCCAUGGUGAGGAGCACAUAGCGAACACCAACAUGUGCGUCGAGCUCGGCGACGAGCUCCACCGUAACGUCUGGUUCACGACGUCUGGCAGCUGCGAUCAGCUUGAUGUGCAGUGGCUGAUCGCCGAGCAUCGUGGGUGUCUUGCCGAGGAGGCAGCGGAGGCUCAGGGGCCGCUGGAUGAGGAGGCUCCUGCCAGCCCUGCAGACCCUUCCGCCAGCACAGCUGCAGAGAGACCGGACGAAGUCGCUUUGGUUGUGGCCUUCCGCGGCACGAAUAGCGUGACCAACGUGGCGACGGACGUGCGCAUCUCAUUGAUGCCUUUGGCAGAGGAAUCCAAGACGGGACCCUUUGGCUCUGCGCACGGCCAGCAACCAGUUUGUUUCGACCUCAAAGACAAGGUGAAGGCCAGGCUCUCCAGCCAGGAGGAGAUGCACGCGAGAUCGACGAAUCCUUUCUCGCCAACUCACGCACAAGCACAAGCCCGAGCACCUCUGCGAAGUGGGCGCCAAGACAGUCGGGCUAGUGACUCUGCAGAUGAACAAGAUGCCGACUCGGACUCAUGGCUGUCCGGCUGCUGCCGUGUAGUGGCCGGGUGCUGCUCCCGGGUGUUUUUCCCGUUCCUUCCCUCGGACUUCGAAGACGACGAUGAAGAGCUGAGCUUGGAAGCAUUGGACAAAGUCCGUGUGCACAAGGGUUUCGCAGAGGCCUACGGUGCCGUGCGCACGGAUGUCCUCGCGCAGCUCAAGGAACGAUUGCGAUAUUGGCACGAGAAGGAGGUUCCCGUGCGAGUAUAUGCAACAGGACAUUCCCUUGGUGGUGCCAUCGCCAACCUGUUCGCGUUGGAUCUCAGUGCAGCUCCCCAACAUGACAGUGCAAGGCGAUUCCCUUUCAGAGACCCGGUUGAGGUCUACACCUUUGGCAGCCCACGUGCAGGCAAUGCGUCUUUCCGGAGUCUUUACAACUCCCUGGUGCCACAGACUUUCCGCAUCGUGGGAUCACGGGAUAUCGUGCCCACUCUUCCCCCAAGCAUCGCUUACAGGCAGCUGGGUCGAGAAGUUUGGGUCGACGAGGCCGGCGAGCUUACUUUUGUGAUGUCUUGGGCUAUGCGGCACAUCCUUCCGGCGCGUGACAGUAUCUGGUAUCAUCCCUUGGUUUCGUACUACGCCCUCCUGAACCGCUCAUACUUGCGCAAGGCAGGCCAGAUGUUCUCAUCCGCAUUCCGCGGGGAGUCCAUCGUGCGAGAGGCCCUGGAAGGAAAGCUGAGCGCCAGUUAG